AUGUUCCAUCUCGCGAGGGGUCUUUACAACAAUUGGAAUCGUAAGGAACAAUAUUCGAUCUUAAUUUUGGGAUUAGACAAUGCAGGUAAGACAACUUUCUUGGAGACUCUAAAACAACAGUAUUCACUACACUCCAAAGAUUUAGAUAAAAUCACACCAACGGUUGGACAAAAUGUGGCUCAAAUCAACGUUUCCAAAACGUGUACACUAAAAUUAUGGGACGUUGGUGGUCAAGAAACUUUGAGAUCGAUGUGGUCAGAAUACUACCCACAAUGUCAUGGCAUAAUAUUCGUUGUUGAUAGCACAGACAGGUCACGUAUCGAUGAAUGCAGUGAUACUUUAAGAUCUGUAGUUAUGGAUGAAGAAGUAGAGGGUGUUCCUGUACUGAUGUUAGCUAAUAAGCAAGAUAGACCCGAUAGUCUUGAAGUACAAGAUAUUAAGCAAAUCUUUAACAGGAUUGCAGAACACUUGGGAGCAAGAGAUAGCAGAGUCCUCCCGAUUAGUGCAUUGACGGGUGAAGGUGUUCGUGAUACUGCAGAAUGGUUACUAGUUAGGCUUCAAAGAAACAAGGCAAAUAGACCACCAGUCUACAAAUGA